GGAGGGGAGGAAAAGAGGAGGAGGCGGAGGAGAGCUGAGCUGAGCUGAGCUGAGCAUCGAGCCAAAGGGGAGAUGAGUUUGUCUGUCCUCGGAUGAGGCUCCGGCCGGGCCUAGGGAACUGGGAGCUCGCAUUGGAGCGACACCCGUGGAAGUGGGAGGAGGUGGCUCUGGGACCUUAACCCCUUGUGGGCUCUGCGGCAGGGGAUUUAACCCUUUGUGGAUCCGGCCCCUCGGAGGACUUACAGCCAACAUUUUUCAAACUUCGAGGACUCUGUUAGCCAUGGCCGAGCCACUCUUGUCGGAUUAUCAGCACCAGCCUCAAACUAGCAACUGUACAGGUGCUGCUGCUGUCCAUGAAGAGCGGAACCCCGAUCGACCCCCAGGCGCGGAGGAGCGGGUGCCGGAGGAGGACAGUAGGUGGCAAUCGAGAGCGUACCCCCAGUCGGGUGGCCGUCCAGGGCAGGAGGGGGAAGGGAGCGUGGAGCCCAAGGCGCAGCCUCUGCAGACCCAAGUCUGUCUAGAACCUAGCUGCCCAGAAGCUGACGAGAAGGGCCAGAAUGGGGACGACUUGUCCGCUGGCGGCGCACCCCCGCCGGCGGCGGGAGGGGAACCGAGGCCCGAGGCUGAACUGCUCGCCCAGCCAUGUCAUGACUCCGAGGCCAAUAAGUUGGGGGCUCCUGCUGCAGGGGGCGAGGAGUCGUGUAGACAGCAGCAGAGACAACUGGGCAAGAAAAAACAUAGGAGACGCCCCUCUAAGAAGAAGCGGCAUUGGAAACCGUACUACAAGCUGACCUGGGAGGAGAAGAAAAAGUUCGACGAGAAACAGAGCCUGCGAGCCUCGAGGAUUCGAGCCGAGAUGUUCGCCAAGGGCCAGCCGGUUGCUCCCUAUAACACCACGCAGUUCCUCAUGGAUGAUCACGACCAAGAGGAGCCGGAUCUCAAAACCGGCCUCUAUCCCAAGCGGGCCGCCGCCAAAUCCGACACCAGCGAUGAGGACUUUAUGGAAGAAGCGGGCGAGGAGGAUGGGGGCAGUGAUGGGAUGGGAGGAGACGGCAGCGAGUUUCUGCAGCGGGACUUCUCGGAGACUUACGAGCGGUACCACGCGGAGAGCCUGCAGAACAUGAGCAAGCAGGAGCUCAUCAAGGAGUACCUGGAGCUGGAGAAGUGCCUCUCACGCAUGGAGGACGAGAAUAACCGACUACGGCUGGAAAGCAAGCGGCUGGGCGGCGACGACGCGCGUGUGCGGGAGCUGGAGCUGGAGCUGGAUCGGCUGCGCGCCGAGAACCUCCAGCUGCUGACGGAGAACGAACUGCACCGGCAGCAGGAGCGACCGCCGCUGUCCAAGUUUGGAGACUAGACUGAAACUUUGGGGGGGGAGGGGGAGGGGGCAAAGGGGACUUUUUACAGUGAUGGAAUGUAACAUUAUAUACAUGUGUAUAUAAGACAGUGGACCUUUUUAUGACACAUAAUCAGAAGAAAAAAAAUCCCCCCGGCUUUGGUUUGGUAAAUUUAACUAUGAUGUAGCUUGUGUGCUUUUUCCGUUCUUUAAUUAUGUGAAACUUGAGUGUUGCUUUUCUUGUUUUUCUUUUUAGAAGUUUUUUUUUUACGUGCAAGUAAUUUGACCAAGUUAUAAUGCAUUUUUCUGUUAAAAAUCCUUUCCUUAAACGGAGCUAUAAGGUGGCCAAAUCUAAGAACCAUUAAAUUCAUUCUAGAUAUAAUAAAUUUAAUAUUUGUAAAUGUAA